AUGCGAUGUUGGCCGCUGAUUCUGCUGGUUCCCUGCCUGGCGAUCGGGGCUCGGUUCAUUUCUCUCUCCUUCGUGAUGAAUUUGGGCACCAAGAUCGACUAUCUACCAGUCAUUGCCUUCGUCUACAGCUGCGCAGAGCUUUCGAGUCUGAUCGUUCACUUGGUUUAUGCGCGGUGCAAGCGCUUCAGACAGGAUCUCCCAGCACCGGAUCAAGAGACCAGAGAUGCGGUGAUGCUUCGAUUGCAUGAGGUUUGUUACUGGGUUACGUCAGCUGUAUGUCUACUGCUCAUCGUUUUGAUCUUGACAGUGCUGGAACAGUGGCUCUACUACUCGCGUUUCCACGACACGGGAUUCCAGUCGAUGGUCUUGGUGUCCCAACUUUUGUAUGGGGUGGUUCACAUUCCUUUCGGAGUGCCGCCGCACCUUGCUACCAUCUUGCUCAUGCAGUUUGACCUCGCGCGCCUGAGCUCCGCCCGGGAGCAAGUGUCCAGGCACGAGACUUGCACCGAGGACUCAAUCCUCGACUUCAAGGAGGUCAUCGCUGGUGUGGAGAGGCGCUGGCGCUGCUUUCUGCGAUUGCACGUGGCCAUCGAUUCUCUGAUGCCCCUGAUGUAUGUCAUCACAAUCAUCAUCGUGCUGCUACCCAACCAGGAGCUCGAGCGGCCGUUUGCAAAGGUCGUUCUGGUCUGGUCCAUUGGGGCACCUUUGGCGCUGGCAUACCUAUGGCUGCAAGUCCUGUCCCUGGCAAGAUUUAACAAGCAAAUCUUCGAAUGGGCUUUAACCACUCGGGACAACGAUGUCUACAGAGCGCUUCAUCAAAACCAGGAAAGGAUGACCUUCUCCGUCUUCGGUUUCACCAUCACCCUGCAAAGAAUCCGGGUGACCGUCGUUUCCUUUGUUGUCGGCGUGUUGCUGAAGUUUGUGACGCAGAUGGUCAUGGACGCAGUGAAAGAAACGGUACUGAGCGUGCGGUGA